AUGGGAAAACCAAACAGUAAACUGGCUCCUGAGAUGCUUCAGGAUCUGGUCCAGAGCACAGAAUUCACUGAGCAGGAGCUGAAGCAUUGGUACAAAGGCUUCCUGAAGGACUGUCCCUCUGGUAUCCUCAACCUACAGGAGUUCCAGCAGCUCUAUAUAAAGUUUUUUCCCUAUGGAGAUGCCUCUAAGUUUGCCCAGCAUGCUUUUCGCACUUUUGACAAAAAUGGGGACGGUACAAUUGAUUUCCGGGAGUUUAUCUGCGCUCUCAGUGUGACCUCAAGGGGGAGUUUUGAGCAAAAACUAAAUUGGGCCUUUGAAAUGUACGAUCUGGAUGGUGAUGGGAAGAUCACAAGACUGGAGAUGCUGGAGAUUAUAGAGGCAAUCUACAAAAUGGUUGGAACUGUAAUUAUGAUGCGUAUGAAUCAGGAUGGUCUCACCCCACAGCAGAGAGUGGAUAAAAUCUUCACCAAGAUGGACAAGGACAGAGAUGACCAGAUCACCCUGGAAGAGUUUAAAGAAGCAGCAAAGAGUGACCCGUCUAUAGUGCUGCUCCUGCAAUGUGAUAUGCAAAAAUAACCCCCCAGAAAGCUCAAGUGAGCCCCUGCAUGCACCCCACUACCUUCCCUAUCCCACGGUAUUCUGGGACCUUCCUCCUGUGUGACAAGAGAAUGUCUUAUUAUGCAAAAGGAAGGUGACACUGCGUUUCUAAA